AUGAUUCAUCUGUGUAUACUUAUCAUGACUCGCACUUUUAUGCUGAGACUGUGUCUCCCCAUUUUCAUUCUCUUCAGUACUCUCCAGCGCAGUUAUGCUCUCCCUCACAGUUCCACUCCUUAUGGAUGGGCCUCUGCCGUCGGCGAUGAUGAAUCAUCCGUAAGGACACCUCUGCGGGGGGCUUCAUCCCUCCUUGGCGUUGUUGAAAACGAAGUGAAUUCCAAAAGCAGCGGGGAGGUCUCCCAGUCUGCAUUUGAACUAGGCCUUGGGCAGGGUGCCAAUGCAGAUAUAGGAAUCCCAUUCACCUUCAAGGACGUUGAAAAUCCCCAGCCCAUUCGUGGUGAUCUCGGCUCUACAGACCCCGGUCCACGGACAUAUGCCUAUGAUCGCCUGAAUCCCAACACCUUCGCUCCACCUGGCUCUGACAGUGGUGAAGUGACGCAGGGGAAGUGGCCUCUCGGUCUUUCCCAUAACCGUAUUCUUCCAGGACAUGCAGGCUGGUCUCGACAAGAAAACACCGAUGAUCUGCCUGGCGCCACAGCCAUGGCUGGGGUCGACAUGAAGCUGGCUCCAUGGGCCUACCGCGAGCUACACUGGCAUCAAGCAAAUGAAUGGAGCCUUGUCUUGAACGGAAGCGUCCGCGUUCAAACGAUGAACGAAGAUGGCGAAACAUUCACGGAUGAUGUUACUGCCGGUGAUGUCUGGUAUUUCCCUUCCGGUGUACCUCAUUCACUACAAGCACUUGAUGAAGGCGCAGAGUUCAUGCUCGUCUUCGAUCAAGGUGAUUUCAGCGACGGCGGGACAAGUUUGAUCACGGAGAUGUUCCUGCGUAAUCCUAAGGAGGUCUUAUCGAAAAAUUUCCAAGCUCCGCUUUCGGAUUUCGAUGAAAUGCCUCAAGAUCAAUUGUACAUCUUCAACGGAACACCCGCUCCCAAGAAUUUGAGUGAACAGAUUGUUCCUGGACCUGGUGGCGUUGCAUCUGGCAAUUCAAGCUAUACGUACCACUUGUCUAAGCAAGAAGCAUAUGAAACGCCUGGUGGAAGCAUCAAGAUUAUCGACCCUAUAAGCUUUCCGAUCGCGAAAAUGUUUAGUGCAGCACUCGUAACCAUCAAGCCGGGAGCAAUGCGAGAGAUCCACUGGCACGGUACCAGUGAUGAGUGGGGAUUUUUCCUCGCCGGAAAUGCACGAGUCAGUGUCUAUCAAGCACCAACAUCUGGGGCCACAAUUGAUUUUUCCGCUGGAGAUAUUUCAUAUGUGAAAGCAACCGCAACACAUUACAUUGAAAACACAGGAGAUGAGGAUGUUGUGUUUCUUGAAAUGCUCCAGGCUACUCGGUUCACUGAUAUAUCUGUGGGACAGUGGUUGAAGCUCACUCCGAAAGAGAUCAUCAAGGAUACUUUGCAUGUGCCGGACAGCUUUUUGGAUAAUCUUUCUGCCAACAAGCAGUAUGUCAUACAGGGGAAUCGGAACUUGACAGCCUUGGCGGAUGGCAUCAUUGGUCUAGUGGUAGAAUUCGUCGUUGCCAUCGACGAGGCCCGUGUUCGAUUCACGGAUGAUGCACAUUUCUUUUUUGUCUUUUUGUUUCUUUUUCACUGUCUCCCGCAUUGA